UGCUCUCAGUGUACAUAAAAGAAAAGAUACGUUCAUCAAGGUACAACAUUUACAACACAAUUGAUGGUCAAUAUAUCAAUAUAAAUCAUAAGGAUUGCCAGCAACAAGUUAUAGUCAUACAGUCAUAAGUGGAAAGAGAUUGCUGAUGGGAACUAUGAAACGAUUAAUAGUAGUGCAGAUUCAGUAAAUAGUCUGACAGCGUUGAGGGAAUUAUUUGUUUAGCAGAGUGAUGGCCUUCGGGAAAAAACUGUUCUUGUGUGUAGUUGUUCUGGUGUGCAGUGCUCUAUAGCGUCGUUUUGAGGGUAGGAGUUGAAACAGUUUAUGUCCAGGAUGCGAGUUAUCUGCAAAUAUUUUCAUGGCCCUCUUCUUGAUUCGUGCAGUAUACAGGUCCUCAAUGGAAGGCAGGUUGGUAGCAAUUAUUUUUUCUGCAGUUCUAAUUAUCCUCUGAAGUCUGUGUUUUUCUUGUUGGGUUGCAGAACCAAACCAGACAGUUAUAGAGGUGCAAAUGACAGACUCAAUAAUUCCUCUGUAAAUAAAUAGAGUAAGUGUGAAAAAAACGACCUUUUCCCCCCCCAGUGCCUUUGUAACUUUGAACGGUCCCUAAACGAACUGUUGCAUCGCCCGUUAGCUUUAAGUAUGUUCUGCUCUACAAAUGAAGAUGACGUGACUCAUCGUCCAGCCUUUCUGGAAGAUACGACACCGAAGAAAGCCGUCCUACAAGUAACGAGGAUCUCCCUCCGUCAGCCGUUUCUCUCCUCUCCACCCCACUCCCAUCUUCUCCUGAAAACUCAGGCCAGGCCGCUCCAAUUGGCCGCUCGAGCUGCAAAGCGGCUCGGGAGCUCGAGCUCUCCCGGGCUUUCUCCUCCGUGGCUCCGCCCCCUCCUUGACGUCCCUCUGGCAACCAUGUCGGCGGGCGUGCGCAGACGUCAAGCAGCUGGCGUGAAAGCAGAAGCUCCCUCGGUCGCCGUAGUAGCUGCCCCAGCCCGCGGAGAUGAGGAGCCGGGCAUGGCGGCGGCCUCCAGCCUCUCCGCCUGCCUCAAGCUGCUGGCGGCUGCCUUCUACGGCUUCAGCUCUUUCCUCAUCGUGGUGGUGAACAAGAGCGUCCUCACCAGCUACGGAUUUCCUUCCUCACUCUGUGUGGGACUAGGACAGAUGCUGGCUACCAUAGUUGUCCUUUGGGUGGGAAAGGCACUCAGGGUGGUCAAGUUUCCAGAUUUUGAUAGACAUAUACCUCGAAAGACUUUUCCACUACCUCUUCUCUAUUUUGGGAACCAAAUCACAGGACUGUUCAGCACAAAGAAAUUGAAUCUGCCAAUGUUUACAGUCCUGAGACGGUUUUCCAUUUUGUUUACAAUGUUUGCAGAAGGAAUCUUACUAAAGAAAAAAUUUUCUUGGGGAAUUCGGAUGACAGUAUUUGCAAUGAUAAUUGGUGCAUUUGUAGCUGCAAGUUCUGAUUUGGCAUUUGAUCUAGAAGGAUAUAUUUUUAUCUUGAUCAAUGAUGUCUUGACAGCUGCAAAUGGUGCUUAUGUAAAACAGAAGCUAGAUUCAAAGGAGCUGGGAAAAUAUGGUCUCCUUUAUUACAAUGCACUAUUCAUGAUUCUUCCUACUUUGGGCAUUGCCUACUUUACAGGAGAUGCACAGAAGGCAAUGGAAUAUAAAGGAUGGGCAGAUACCCUUUUCCUUGCACAAUUUACACUCUCCUGUGUGAUGGGGUUUAUUCUGAUGUAUUCAACGGUACUUUGCACUCAGUAUAACUCUGCCCUUACAACUACAAUAGUUGGCUGUAUUAAGAAUAUACUAAUAACUUACAUAGGAAUGUUCUUUGGAGGAGAUUAUAUUUUCACAUGGACAAAUUUUGUAGGAUUAAAUAUUAGUAUUGCUGGAAGCCUCGUUUAUUCCUACAUCACUUUUACAGAAGAACAAAUAAGUAAACAGUCUGAAGCUAGCAUCAAGAUGGACAUUAAAGGGAAAAGCGCUGUAUGACAAAAGGCAUGCUUACCAGAGUAACUCACUUUUUAGAAAGAUGUUUUCAAAUCACUGUAGUAUGCAGUCUCUGAAUGGAAUUGGAUGGCUAUGUCGUAUUUGCACAAUCUGAAGAUUGCCACAUUUGGAAUCAAUUAUUUAUACUAGACUGCACAUACGAUGAAUAGAUUGCAUUUAGGCUGCAAGGAAUUAUAUAUGUAGUGAAACAGGAUUAAUAAUCCCAAAUGCAGCAAAAGUGUUGUUGGUCAGAAUUGGGUGCAGCAAGAAAAUGCAUCACUGAAAUCAAGCAAGCCUAUUGUUCAGACUCUCAUGGCUUUGGCUUGUUGAGCCUUCCAACUUUAACUGCAUUUUCCUUGAAGUCAUGCAAUCUGUAUGAAUGAAAUGUACCAGUAGUUUCUACAUCUCGUUGCAUGAAGCUGUGUAUAAAUAAGAAGAUACUCUGAACUGCAGUUUGUGGGGAAGGUAGACCUACAUUCACAAUCAACAGAAAUGUUACCCAAUGUCCCAUCUAAUUUUUUCCCCUGAACCUAGUGAAGCACUUUUAAGUGUGUGUUACACAUUGUUUGGGUUAUCUUGGUCAGAAUUAUUUUUAAACGUUUAUAGACUUAUCAGUACCUGUUACAGAUAAAGAACAGAUAAAUGUUCUAAAGAGUAAGGUUUUAAAUGCAGUUUUCUCCUGAAGAAAUGAGAAAAGCAAACUGCAGUGCUAAAAUGUUUUUCCCUAGUAAAAGGUUUUCUUUUAUUUACUUAGCUUUUUUCUAUGCAAUGAGUAUCCUUUUUUAAAAGAAAAAUCUCAUCACUGUUUUUUUUUUUAAAAAGGUUAUAGCUUUUUAAAAGACUGUUAUAAACAAGUUUGCCGUUCGUUGAUUUAAGUGUUUUGAAAUGCACAAUUUUUUUUUCUGGAAAAAAAUAGUUUAUUCAAGGUUUUUGGACAUAGAAAAGCAUGCUGUUGGAAGUUAUAUCAACUCUAGCUUCCUUUUUUAAAUAGGUUCACAUAGCAUGCUAAAUCGUUAAACAGGUCCCAUUUUGAAGAAAGUGAAUUCCUGGGUGUUCACAUUGAUGUGGUAGAAGCUGUUUUCAAAGGAGCCUCACCAGCCUUGCAAAUGAAGCUUUUGUAUCUGUUUGAGGUUUUCAUAUUGUUGCAAAGCAAAUCAGAUUUACAAUGUCUCCAACACAAGUCUUUAAAAGAAAUUAUAGUAUAUUCUACUAUCAGUUGCCCUAUCACACGCCUCUCACCCACUUACACUGAAACAUUAGGAAAACUGAAGUAUCUGGAUAGUGUUUUAUCCAAAAAAUUCUGAAGUUUAAGGAGCUAUCUAUCAAAUUCAGACCAUGUUUGAAAAAUGGCUCAAAGCAAAAAUAUUCUGUUGAAUGAAAUCCAGUUUGCUUUUCACUAAAGAAAACCUAGCUUCAGUUUAUUUGACUCAGUGAACCACAAAUUCCUGGCCUUGUACAUAGAGAGAUUGCAAAAUAUAAUAAAUAAUCCCUUUUAAACAUUAAAGACAUUGUAAAGGAGAACUCUGUGAGAUUGGCAGCCAGAAAUCUAUGGUAGAGAACUUUUUUUAACUAGCAAGAUUUUAUUAAAAGGCACAAGCUUUCAUUAAUUGUAGCUCAUAUUUGCAAUUCUAAAACAUAAUUACAUCAGAAUCAACUCACAUAAAAUAUCUUCAGGCUGUCUAAGGUUUAACAAACACAAAUGAUUUUAAUACAUUGCUCUUACUAAUUCAUGGUGUAUUUACAAUUUGUCCCACGUGUAACCUGCAUUCUCCUCCACUUGCUGCGUUUUCUUUUUUUUUUCUUCAAAUCCUCCUCCUGUUUAUUCACUUCAUGCAUCUCAUGAAACUCAUAAAAGCUUAUGCCUUUUAAUAAAACUUGUUAAACACCUUUUAAUUAUUAAAAACAUUCUAAGACAUUACAGUUUUUCUAAAUUUCAAAAAGAAAAUAAGAUUAAAUACUAAAAUGAUCAGAACUUAAAAGAUUUCUCAUCCAAGAAGCUGAGAUUGUAAGUGAAUUUCUUCCUAAGGAGACGUUUCUACCCUGAUGUUCUAUUGUCGGGACAAAUCCUUGUUCAGGAUUGUCAAGCCUGCGGAAGUGGUGCCAAAAUUAUCACACUAACAAAAUUGCCACACUAACAAAAAUGAAGUAAUUUUUACCUGUCCUCCUCAGUGGGCCUCAAGAUUGUUUUGUUUAUUUUUUCCUUUCCCCAUGAUUUUGCAUGUAAGGUACAGUUAUAUCCUUAAUGGCUUUGUGGGUUAAAUUUAACUCUAAAUUGAAGUCUGUGAAACAGCUAAAUCUUACAUAUUCUGUGUUAAAUGUAAAUAUGCAGUCAUUCCCGAUCUGGCACCAAAAGCUGAAUUGUGUGUACUGGAGACAUUAUUUAGCAUGUAAUUAUUAUUGUUUUGCAUAUUUAUGACUUUGUUAGAGGAGGGGGGGUGGAGAACUAUGCUGGACAUUGCAACAAUACUAACAAGAAAUCCUAUUCCAGCAGUAAGUUGCUGUCUGAGAUUGCACAGAUUGUUUGGCGCACGUUAAAAUACAUCCUCUUAGCCUUAAACUGUUGAAAGUAAACACAGCACUUCAGAGUGCAUACUUGCAAUAUGCAGAGUGGGUAACUGUAACAGUUGUUCUGGAAUAGUCUAUCCUAAUGUAAAGCAGAAAAGAGAAUCCUGGAGCUUCACAACCACAUGACGGUCUUGAGCCUUUUUGCAGCCUCGGAAAUACUCUUAUUCAUAACGUUGCAAAUUUAUUGCUGUUUUGAGAUAUGAAGUACGUGUGCAAGUCUUUCAAUAGGUUUACUGCAAUUUGAAAAACAAGCCCUGCUCUCCCCAUAAUAAGACACUCCCUCCCCACCAUUAGCAAUAGGCGCAUUGUAACCUUUGGUUAAUAGAACGUUGUCCAUUCAAGCAAGAAGCAAGUUUUUAAAUGUUAUGGUCUCCAUGUUUUUCUUUUGGAUAAAUGCUGUUUUAGCCAGCAGCAAUUUUGGAGGAGGGGGGGAAUAGUGAAAUUUGGGUGCGCCGAUUUUUUUUUCUUUGCCUAAGACGUGUUAAGUCAUCCUUUGCCUUGUUUACAUUUUUUUUGGUGUGUUUCUGUUUUCAAUUCUAAAUCAUAGAAGUUUAUUCUUUCAUUUAUUACUGUUUUGCCGCUGAAUUUAAACGCUAUGAUUGUAGGUGGUUCUGCAGAUCACAAGCGUCAGUUCGACAAAAAGAGAUGUGUAGUUUCUCCAACUGCUAUAAACCAAUUAUCGGAACCAAUAUUUUAAUCAAAAUGAUUUAACUCUAGAUUUUGCACCUGCCAGCUAUUUAGAAGAAUGAACUAUCUUGACUUUGAAGGGAUCUAUUAUACUAGAAUUUUAUUUUGUCUACUUAUGCUGGCUUGUUAAGUAGAUAAUGGUAGCAUUUAGGUGAUGCAGGCUAAAAAAUGGAUUACUUAGCACACAGCUGCCUUGGUCUACUGUUACCUUAAUUAUACUGUGCACUAAAAUUCUCAAAAUGCUUGUGGACAAUUUAUGCAAAUAAACAUGUAGAGUAAGGGUUGCUGGUAGACUAGAAUUCUCAUAAUUCAGUCAAAUUAUUGUAUUUUUGUUAACCUGCUCUACUGAGGCAGUUGCUCUCAGGUACUUGUUAGACAAAAUGUUAAUCUACUGGAUAGAUUUACUGCCAUAUUAAAUAGUUCUCAGUUCAUUUGCUUUUUUGUAAUAUACACAUUUUUAGUGCCAAGUUUUAGAAAAUAUAUAUACUGCCUAGGUAAGCAAGUCAUAGUUUUAUUUUCUACACUGUUAAACUUCCUGUUACUAUUUUUCGUAUAUAGAAUCCAGCAUUAGGAAUAAACAUUUUUAAUGUAUAACUUUUAUGUGCUAUGUAUUUUUGUACUUGGCCUAAAUAAAUCAAGAUUGUCUCCAUUUACAUUUUUUUGUUCUGGCUUUUAUAAGACUUCCAAUGUUUUAGUGACAAUAGAUUUAGGAAUACUAUACUUUAGGUAUUAUACUGUUAAUUAUCUUAGGCUUUGGCACCACUUUUUAGUGAACUCUAACGGUGUAACAAAUUCAAUGGUAGUUGCCUAUUGUUGUAAAACCAGUCAUCUGUAUUUAGGUUUGUUUUUUUAAAAAAAAAUAACUCAAGGUGGCAAAUAUAUUCAACACACCUUCUUCCUCCUAUUUUCCAUACAACAAUAACCCUGUGAGGUGAGUUGGGCUGAGAGACGUAAGUUGGAUCCUCUGAAGUAUGAACAAUAUGUGAGAAAGCUUGGAGUUGUCUUCCAGAUGCAUAUACAUCCCCUACAACAAGUUGGAUAUGUGAAUAAAAGCAUCUCUUCAUCACAUGAAGUGGUUGGGCUGGCCCAGAGAAACCUGUGUUCAGGCUGACCUUCAGAGGGUUAUUAAACCAUCAUUCAGUUCAACCUACCUCACAAGAUUGCUGUUUCAAUAAAACAUCACGCAGUAUAUACCAACUGGAAUUUCAGCUUGAUACAUGGAGCCCACCAUAAUUUCCUGUUUGGAAAAAAGUAUAAAUCAUCUGUAAUCGCAGAUCAAACACCACAAAGAAGAGGGAGUCAAACU